UCUUUUGAUUGGCUAUGGUUUUAUAUAAAUAAUGUUUAAGUAGUUUAUAAAUAUUUAUAAAUUAUUUUUGUUACAGAGUUAAGAGAAAAUGACAAAUAUAGAAAAUGAGGACUGUAUGUGGAGGAUUAUUAUUUACUUCAGAUUUUGAAUCUGGCAAUUUAGCAAGAGUUGAAUUAGUUUCACGUAACGGAAAGAAUUAUGGAACCACUAAUGCUGAAAAUACUACAGAAGAGACUUGUAAGCUCAAUAAUUUGUGUCCCUUCCAAUCCGUUGGUGAUGCAUUUUGUAUCCGAGGAAAUAUUGCAUCAUCAUGUACUCAAACAAAACCCGAAUAUGACAAUGGCAGGCCUAAAAAACCUGGUCAACCAAUGGAAUUUAAUAUUUGGAUCCAUGGAGAUUGUGCAGGAACUCCUUAUGAAAAUACUAAUAGGACUUGGUUUCACUUUGGGAUUCAAGGAGGUUACCCAGAAACUUUGGUUAAAAUAAAUAUUGUAAAUAUGAAUCGUCAAAUUAAAUUAUUUGGUUAUGGUAUGACACCAGUUUAUAGAAUUGUACCCGGUAAAGAGAAAUGGAAUCGUAUUCCCAGGAAACCAAUAAUUCAGGGAGUUGAAGACAAUAAUUUUAUUUUAACAUUUUGUCAUAAACUACCGACAGACUCAAAUGCAACAAUAUAUUUUGCCUUUACAUUUCCAUUUACUUACUCAGAAUGUCAAGAUAUGUUAAAUACAAUAGAUAAGAAUUAUUUAUCUGGUGCCUAUAAAACUGAAAAUUCUGAAGAUGACAUUUAUUAUUACCGUGAAUUAGUAUGUAAUUCACUUGAUGGCCACAGAAUUGAUUUACUCACUAUUACUUCUCAGCAUGGAAAAACUGAUGAAUUGGAAAGCACUUUACCUCAUUUAUUUCUUGAUUCAUCACAGCCAAGAUGUCAUAAAUUUGUGGGAAAACGAGUAAUAUUUAUUAGUAGCCGUGUUCAUCCUGGAGAAACUCCAUCUAGUUUUGUGUUCAAUGGUAUAUUGCAAUUCCUUCUGUCUCCGUCGGACAUAAGAGCAAUUACAUUACGUCGUUUAUUUGUUUUUAAACUUAUUCCCAUGCUUAAUCCGGAUGGUGUUGUACGAGGACAUUAUAGGACAGAUUCACGUGGUGUGAAUUUGAAUCGUGUUUAUUUGGGAGCAAACAUUUUAUUGCAUCCUAGUAUAUAUGCUUCUCGUGCUUUGUUCCUAUAUUACCAUAAAUUAUAUGCUGUUGAUGGAAGUGAAGGCAGCAGUAGUUUAAGCUCUCCUAAUUCGGACAGUAGUAAUUCUGAUCCAGGAAUUAAAAACAACCUUAAAAAACCACUACAAAUGACUGAAAAAUUACGACAGUUAGGAAGAAAGUUUAAAAUUUGUGAUAAUUCAAAAAGAGAAUUUACUGGUAAAGAACACAAUAUUAACAAUAUUAUUGAUAUUAAUGAUGUUAUCAAUAUCAGAAAUGCCGGUAAUAAAAAUACUAAUGAAGAAAAGGAUAGUAUAAUGGCAAGUGCUGAAGAACUGACUCAAAGUAAAAUAAAAUCAGAUGAUUUUAGAAAUGGAAAAGUUAAUGGAAAGAUUAAAGAAAGUAACACUUGUCAUGAAAUUGGAAGAUAUACUGAGACUGGAAUAGCUAAAUCUGAAUAUUCUAAUAAUAAUUUAAAAUCAGCAAGUGGUAAUGAAUCUAAUAAUGAUAUAAGUUGUGGCACAGAUACUUAUAAAUUUGAAAUUAGUACAUCAGAAGAAGAAUUAACAGUUGACAAAAAAGAUAUACCAGUUUUACCUCCAGAAAAGAGUGGUAUUGCAUACUAUAUUGAUCUCCAUGGACAUGCUUCUAAACGUGGUUGCUUCUUUUAUGGUAAUUACUUUGGAGAACUUGAUAAAAAGACCGAAUCCUGGACAUUAGCUAAGUUGAUGUCAAUAAAUUGCCCCAACUUUGAUUACUCAGCUUGUAAUUUUAGUUCACAUAAUAUGUGGACGAGUGGUAGAAGAGAAGGUCAAAGCAAAAAAGGAAGUGGUAGAGUUGCUUUUUAUCUUCUUACUGGAAUAAUACAUAGUUACACAUUGGAAUGUAAUUAUAAUACUGGAAGAUCAAUUAAUAACUUGGCUAAAAUAGAAGGAAGUGAUGGAAUUUUAACACCUCCAUUACCUGGAAAAGCCAUUCCAUAUUAUAGUCCAACCGUCUAUCAACAGCAGGUUGGAAGAGCUUUGGCAGUAUCUAUAUUAGAUGCGACUGGACACAAUCCAGUUUCUCGACUUAAUGGUACAUCUUACAAAACAAUGAAUGGAAUUCGAAAUUGGGUGUAUAAUGAUCUUGAAUCUGAUAAAGCUCAGAAAAAGCAAGCCAAAGAUAAUAAAUCCUAUAGUUGGAGUAUGGGAUACAAUGAUAGGAAAAUCAGUGAAAUGAAAAAUUUGGUGACUUUUUUGUGACUUUGGAUAUCAGAGCACUUUUUGCAUUCAAUGAAGUUUCUAAGAAAAGUGAUUAUGAGCUUGCUGCAGCAAUCAUGUUUGUGUAUUGGUAAA